GAACGGCACGAGAUAGAUAGAAGACUUGAUCGUACAGUCUUUCGAAAGUUUAUUUCGAGUGUUAUGUGCCAUAAUAGCGUAACAAAAAUUGUGUAGAACCAUGUUUAUAUUGGGUUCUCACUAUUAUGAGCCAAAGUUUUUAAGCCCGUUCGCUUAUCGUCUGCGUGUGCUGUAGCAUAUCCAUGUUCUUCGAGCAGACGUUCUUGCUCGACUAGCUCUGGUAGGUCGUGUCAAUGGCGUCAGUCAACAACACAAGGAUUUCCUUGCCGAAUUCAACAGCGGAACAAAUUUGAAAAGCCAGGAAGAGACAGCCAUCUGUUCUAAACGGAAUCACCAGCUCGUAUGAAGACAUGAACAACGAUUUCUUGUGCCCAAUAUGCUUCGAUAUAAUUGAAGAAGCACACAUGACACCUUGUGGACACACUUUUUGCUUCAAGUGCAUCACAACUGGCCUGGAAUACAGUAACCGUUGUCCAAAAUGCAAUUUCGCGAUUGAAAAGAAGGAGCAAAUCUAUCCGAACUUUCUGUUGAAUGAGCUUAUUACGAAGUAUAAGCAAAAGGCUGCUGACAAGAAACUGAAGUUGGAGGGCAAUAGCCCAGUAGUGUCAGAAUUAUUUGAACUUAUCCUGCAGGAGUCUGACAGCAUGAAUUUGAAUGAUGUCAGCUAUAUGCUGGACGUUCUUUCGCAGAAGAAGCAUCAGUUGGAGGCUGACUGUAAAGCAGCCCAAGCACAGCUCCUGAGAGAGUUUCUGCAGCAAGUUCGCAAGCACAAGCAAGAGCAAAUGCACCAGCUUACAACUGAGCUGAGCUUCAUUGAUGAAGACCUUAAACGUGUUGAGGAAAAUUCCAAGUCUCCAGACAAUUGUUGGCUUGUUGAUCCCACAUCUUGUUUAGCUGGUGGUGAUAGCGCAAGCUCAGCAAAUGCAAGCAUUAUGCAGGACGGGUUCAAUGGCAGCAAGCAUGGGAGCAAGCCCCAAUGGGUGCAGACCACUUUGGCCUCCCGUCGAAAACGUGUUCAUCUACACUUUGAUGAUUUGGAAGACUGCUACCUCACAGCACGAAUGAAGGGCUUCCAUGGCAUUUCUGCCGAUGGCUUAAAGGAAUUCACAGAAAAUCUUUCAAAGUUCACAAGGUACAGCAGUAUGCGCCCAUUGGCAACACUCAACUAUGCCACUGAUCUGCUCAAUGGCACCAGCAUUGUGUCCAGCAUAGAAUUUGACAAGGACAAUGAGUUUUUUGCCAUAGCUGGGGUCACCAAGAAGAUAAAGGUCUUUGAAUAUGGCACAGUUAUACAAGACAUUGUGGACAUUCACUACCCGGUCAAUGAGAUGAUGUGCAAUUCAAAGAUAAGUUGCAUCAGUUGGAGUUCAUAUCAUAAGGGUAUGCUGGCUUCCAGUGACUACGAAGGCACUGUUACCAUCUGGGAUGCCUUCAUUGGACAGAAAGUCAAAAUGUACCAGGAGCAUGAAAAGCGGUGCUGGAGUGUUGAUUUCAACAAGGCUGACACUAAGAUUAUUGCAUCAGGGUCAGAUGAUGCAAAAGUGAAGUUAUGGUCUUUAUCCUGUGACCAUUCAGUGGCCUCUCUGGAAGCCAAGGCAAAUGUUUGCUGUGUGAAGUUCAACCCAGACUCAAGAUAUCACUUAGCGCUUGGCUCUGCCGACCACUGCGUGCACUACUAUGAUUUGAGAAGUCUGAAGCAGCCGCUAGGUGUUUUCAAGGGCCACAAGAAGGCUGUUUCUUAUGUGAAGUUCCUCAACACAACAGAGCUGGUGUCUGCCUCCACUGACAGCCAACUUAAGCUGUGGAAUAUCAGCAAACCCCACUGCCUGCGUUCAUUCAAGGGUCACCUCAAUGAAAAGAACUUUGUUGGCCUUGCAACUGAUGGGGAUUAUGUGGCAUGUGGAAGUGAAAACAAUGCUCUGUACAUUUACUACAAGGGGCUGUCCAAGCAAGUGCUGACUUUCAGGUUUGACGUGGUACGGAAUAUUUUGGAAAAGGACAAGAAAGAGGAAGACAGCAAUGAGUUUGUGAGUGCAGUGUGCUGGAGAAUGGGCUCCAGUGUAGUAGUAGCAGCUAACAGUCAAGGAACUAUCAAGGUACUGGAGUUGGUAUAAAAGCUAAACUCCUGGCUGUCUUGUUCGCGUUCACUUACCGUCACUUCAUGCAGUUACGAGGCAAUGCUCGUUGGAUAUAAACGAGCCAUUUAGCGACUUUUAUAUUUAUGUACAUACUGCAUUCAUUUACCUUUUACACUUUGUUUGCUCUUCAAGUUGUUUUUUAUGUGUUGGCGAAAUAAAUGCAAGGAACAUGUUGUGAAAACUUGCUGUAAAA